GACUGUUGCGAAUAGUUCCUAUACGUUAGGCUCUUUGUGGAACUGGCAACCCUGAAGCAAGAACGUCGGGCGCCGCCGUAGCUGCCUAUAGGAUUUGAGAACGAAGAGCAGUGCAUUUUAGUUCGCGAUAGGUGGAAGAAGUACGACUUGUGCGCUGUUGUUGGGUGACUUGUCCGUGAGCUGAUACUACAAUUUAUUGAAGCUGCUUGAAAUAUAAGCUGCUCUCAAUAUAGUAUCUUAGCUCCGAACGUACCACACGCCCCAACAAACUUCAAUAAAUUGUAUUCCACAAAAAGCAUUCCGCCAUGGAAAGUGUAGAAGAAGAGCUUUCCCUUCUAGAAAAGAAGAAUGAGUUGUGGCGGAAGCAAUACGAUGAAAGGGUGAAAAUUAUGGAGCUUCGCUACGAGCAAGAUCUCGCAAAAAUCGACGAGGAGUUCAGGGAAGCUGUACGAAAAAUGGAAUCGGAUUUCAGCGCUAGAAAAGAAGCAGUGAUGCGGCAAUAUAGUGGAAAGUCGGACUGCAAAGUAAAGGUGAUAAAACCAAAUGCGCCAUGCGACGACACCCAGCCGCAAAAAGACUGCACUAGAGUAUCGAAUCCAGAAACAGCACAGUCUCACGAACAUUACUCGCAACCAAUGAUCUUGAUGAAGAUAUCUGCUGUUUCACGCAACAUCGGCAUCGGUGAUCGGUCCCCCCAAAAGAGAGGAGCAAACACCAAAACAAUACCAGCUGAUUCGUCAUCAGCACACAAGCAGGAGAAACAAAACGCAAUGCCCAUUGCAGCACGAAAGAUACGGGUAGCCUGUCGAAAGCCACAUCCAACGAUGAAAGAGCAACACCGCCACCGCCGCCGCCGUCGUCGUCGUCGCCGCAGCAAGCAAUGCAAUCGUCAUCUGUUGAAAAUUCUGUUGUUCGAUCCCGGUGGAUAUCAUCCCAGGCAAGCUUAUCAAUGGGUAGGUAGGAUUCCAAGCGUUGAAACAGUGGACGACCGAUUGGUUCGCUUGUACCUACCACGCUUCGCUUCUACGACGGUAUGGUGCUGCCAUCUGAAGAAGGUUCACUACGUGCGCGUAACAUUAUCAAAUUCUUUGGAGUUCCUGAUCAAAAUUAUGCAGCAGAUGAACUUCAAUUGUCACCAGUUCCACGGGGGGGAAUGUUGCGAAUAGUUCCUAUACGUUAGGCUCUUUGUGGAACUGGCAACCCUGAAGCAAGAACGUCGGGCGCCGCCGUAGCUGCCUAUAGGAUUUGAGAACGAAGAGCAGUGCAUUUUAGUUCGCGAUAGGUGGAAGAAGUAUGACUUGUGCGCUGUUGUUGGGUGACUUGUCCGUGAGCUGAUACUACAAUGUAUUAGUGUUUAUAUUUGAAUUAUAUAGAAAUUAAUUAUUCUUUAAUAAAUUUGCAGUUAUUGAAGCUGCUUGAAAUAUAAGCUGCUCUCAAUAUGGUAUCUUAGCUCCGAACGUACCACACGCCCCAACA